AUGUCAGCAGGCGUGUCAGAUCAGCGGAUGAAAGGGCAAGGGAACCAAGUGACAAAUGCACCGAAAGAGCAACAUUUAGAAAGUGGAGGUGACGAGUUGGCCGAGGUGUCAUGGCGCCACCAGCAGCAACCGUCAUAUGCACCACCCAUCUCGUCAGCAGCCGAUCCCUACAGCGUGGCAGGUUAUUACGGUACAACAGCACUUCCUUAUCAAGCUUUUGGAGUCGGGGAUGGGACAUGGUCCACCAAUGGAACAGACCCGAUGCCUUUCGGAGGAUACAAUCCUCACGAUUCUUAUGGAAUGGAUGGUAGUGUAUUUGGACCGUCAACAACGCCAUUCUCAACCGCAGCAUUUGGCCAACCGGCAUCUACUUUUAACUAUUUUCACGGCAACGGCGACUACUCUACUUGGGGUCAACUAGGUCGCGCGAAGCAGUAUGAUGAUUACAGUACAUACAGGGCCGAUGGCCUGUAUGUGCCCGACGGCAUCAAAGUGGUCGAAACUGGCGUGCAGGCACUCUCGCUCGGCGACCACAAGACGGAGAAAGAUCGUCCCCCGGAACUCAAAGAUGUAUCCGGGGGCUCUCAACCAAAAAAGAUGACGUGGGCUUCGAUAGCUAGCCAGCCUGCCAAACCUGCACCUUCCUCGCAGGGCGGUGCGGUUAAGAAGAAGGGGCCGGGCAUGCCGCCCCCACCAAUUGUGCCCGGAAAGCAUAACAUGGACAUUAGCACGUGGGAUGCCGGUAAGAGCGCUCCUGUAGUGACUGCGCCUCCCCCGCCGCCGCUGCAGCCACCUUCGGUUCCCGCGCCGUUGCCAAUGCCUGCGCAACCUCCAACGGUAUCACCAGCGCCCGCUCCAUUGCAGCAGCAGCGUGGGCCCCAACCGCAGCAUCAGCCACCACCUGCUUGGACACAUGCACCACGUGCACCACCUCCGCACCAACCUCACCAGGCACACCAGCCCCCGCAACCACAUCAGCCCCGCCCGCAGCUUGCUGUGCCUCCCGUAGCUGCGGUUCCACUACCACAAGCAAUACCGCACCCUGUCUUAGAUGAAUUACGAGUCAAAAACGAUUACAAUCCGAAAGAGUUCGACUUAAGUGCCCCACUUGCUCGGUUUUUCGUGAUCAAGUCGUACUCUGAAGACGAUAUUCAUCGCAGUAUCAAAUACGAAAUAUGGUGCAGUACGGAGCACGGCAACAAGCGUCUAGAUGCAGCGUUUCGUGAACGUGAGAGAGAGGGUGGUUGCGUUUACCUUUUCUUCUCCGUGAAUGGGAGCGGCCAUUUCUGUGGAAUGGCUCGCAUGACGAGUGCGGUUGAUUAUAAUUCUAACUCGAGCGUGUGGUCUCAAGACAAGUGGAAGGGACAGUUCCGUGUGAGAUGGAUUUAUGUUAAGGACGUUCCAAACGUGCAACUGCGUCAUAUCAAAUUAGAAAAUAACGAGAAUAAGCCGGUGACAAACUCUCGUGACACCCAGGAGGUGCCACAUGCAAAGGGACAGCAAGUCUUACGUAUUAUGCACUGCUAUUGCCAUUCGACGUCUAUUUUCGAUGACUUUAUUCACUACGAGAGGCGUCAGGAAGAGGAGGAUUCUCGCAAGAUUCCUCAUCUUCCAAGUCAAGACAAUAACCGCGAUGAUCAUGACGGUGGUCGUGGGUAUCGUAACUACCGCGAUUACCGUGACAAGCGGGACGGACGUGACGGUCGGGACGGUCGUGACGGUCGAGACGGUCGUGAGGCACGCGAAGGUCGGGACGGGCGCGACAGUCGCGAUCACCGCGAUGGGCGCGACUCCAGGGACCAUCGAGACAAUCGCAACUACCGUGACCCCCGCGAUGCUCUAGAUCUCGACGAGGAUUCGCGUGACUAUAAUGAUCAUAGUGAUCGUAAUGACUCAGGCAUGUAUGCGCGUGACGGUCCGCUGUCAAAUAUGUAUCGUGACCGUGAUUAUAAUAGACCACGAAAGGAUAGAGAUGGAUCGCGCGGUCGCGGACGUCCUCGCAAUUGA